GGGGCGCAACAGUAAUCUGCGAAUAUAUUUAGUUAUUUGACAUUUAAGAUUAGUUACUAUUUUUUUUACCCUGUUUCAGAACUAAAUUGUGAGUUAUGGGACUAUAUUAUAUUUGAUAUGCCAAGAAAGUUUUUUAGGCAUAUUAGAGAUUACUAGUCAGUAUAUUAUAGUGACGUAUUGGUUGGUUUGUUUGUAUUGGGAAUACGAAACUUACACUGAAUUAAUUGAACGUAAAUUACAUGAUGUUUAUAUCUCUAUAAACUUACAAUUCAAUACUGAAACUACUUAUUUUCAUGCAUAGUUAUGGCUAAAAGCCGAUAUUGUGGAUAUUAGAGCUGUUCUUGAAGAAGUGAUAGUGCCCUUUUUAUUUUUCCUUGUUCAAACAGGUUAAUUAAAAUUAUCAAUUUCAUAUCAGUAAAAAGUAAAAUGCCUUCAAAACAACGUAAAAUUGCUGUUAUGGGAUACAGAUCAGUAGGAAAAUCAUCCUUGAGCAUCCAAUUUGUUGAAGGACAGUUUGUUGACUCUUAUGAUCCCACAAUAGAAAACACAUUUACAAAAUCCACUAGAAUAAAUUCUCAAGAAUAUGAAUUAAAAUUAGUUGAUACAGCUGGACAAGAUGAAUAUUCUAUUUUUCCGUCUCAAUACAGCAUUGAUGUUCAUGGUUAUGUUUUAGUUUAUAGCAUAACAAGUACAAAAUCUUUUGAAGUUAUUAAAGUAAUUUAUGAAAAAUUACUAGAUAUAACAGGAAAAUUACAUGUCCCAAUUGUACUAGUUGGUAAUAAAACCGAUCUACACAUGGAAAGAAUGAUAUCAACUGAAGAAGGCAGAAAACUUGCAGAAGACUGGAAUGCUGCUUUUCUAGAAGCUUCAGCCAAGCAAAACACAUCUGUUUCAGAUAUUUUCUAUACAUUACUAAUGGAAAUUGAAAAAGCAGAUUCAAAAUCAAAUGAAAAGUCCAAUUGUUCUGUUUCAUAAAAUUCUGAAAUUAAGGAUCAGAGAGAAUUUGUAAAACUGUUACUUACAUGCUGUGCAAACAAAAACUUACAAUUUAUUAUUUAAAUACACUUACAUUUUUUGUAAAUAUUUUUUGUGGUUCUUUUUAUUUGUUAUGUAAAUCUUAAUUAGAUAAACAUAUCUCUUAAUUAUUUUUAAUAUUUACUUAAGAUACAUGUACAUUAUUGAAUUUGUAAAUAUUUGGUGAGUUUGAAUAGGUAGUAAAAUACAUUUGAUGAAGUACAAUGAUAGAAAUAUGAAAUGUUCAUAUUUUAUUUUUGUUGUAUUCAUAGUAAUAGAACUGUCUAACAAAUGCUGCUCUGGAUAUGAUUUUAAAUUAAUUCCUAGGUAACAAUUUUCUCACAUUUUAAAAAGUGUUGCAGCAGAGUAAAUUCUGUUUUCUAUGUGUAAAAUAAAAAUACGUUUUCCUAACA